GAAGAAAUGGAGGUCUUGACACCACACCAUCAAAAAAAUGGCGGCAACUUUGUUUCGGGUGGUGGGGGUCGCCGUUUUAUUAUUAUUGCUGCAGUUUGUGACGGUGGUGCUGUGCAGUUUCCCGGCGACGCUGACCCUGGAGAGAUCUUUUCCGACGAAUCAUAAGGUGGAACUGAGUCAGCUGAGAGCCCGAGACCGUCUCAGGCAUGGCAGGGUGUUGAGUGGUGUUGUUGAUUUUCCUGUGGGAGGCACCUUCAAUCCAUACUUAGUCGGGCUAUACUUUACAAGCGUCAAACUCGGCACUCCUGCAACAGAAUUCUAUGUGCAGAUUGAUACCGGAAGUGAUGUUUUAUGGGUUGGUUGCAAUUCCUGUUCCGGUUGCCCCCAAUCCUCCGGACUUAAAAUUCAGCUCCAUUCUUUUGAACCUCAGAGCUCAUCAACUGCUUCGGUGGUCUCCUGUUCUGAUAAAAUGUGUACUCUUGGACUUGAUACACAAGAUUCUAGCUGUGACUCACAAAAGAAGCAGUGUACUUACGCAUUCCAAUAUGGAGAUGGGAGUGGGGCAUCAGGGUAUUAUGUGUCCGACUUAUUACAUUUUGAUACAGCAGCCGAUAAUCAGUCUGUGGCAUCGAAUUCUUCAGCUUCCAUAGUCUUUGGGUGUAGCACGUCAGCAAGCGGGGUGUUGCAGAAAACAGAUAGAGCAGUUGAUGGGAUUUUCGGAUUUGGGCAGCAGGAAUUGUCUGUCAUCUCACAGCUGUCUUCACAAGGAAUAACUCCAAAAGUAUUUUCUCAUUGCUUGAAAGGAGAUGACAGUGGCGGGGGAAUAUUGGUUCUUGGUGAGAUCGUGGAACCUAACAUUGUUUAUAGCCCACUAGUUCAAAAUCAGGCUCAUUAUAACUUAAAUCUGGAGAGCAUUAGUGUUAGUGGUCAAACAUUACCAAUUGAUCAAUCAGUCUUUGAAACUUCAAGCAACCAAGGAACGAUAAUUGAUUCUGGGACGACUUUGUCAUACCUUGCAGAGGAUGCCUAUGAUCCUUUUGUCACUGCAAUUACAAGUGCCGUUUCACAGUCUGUGACUCCUGUUACUUCUCAGGGAGAACAAUGUUACAUAGUCACCUCCAGCAUCAGUGAUGCAUUUCCCCAAGUUAGUUUGAACUUUGCCGGUAAUGCAUCCAUGAUAUUAAGACCUGAGGACUACCUGUUGCAGCAGAAUUCUGUAAGUGGUGCUCAAGUAUGGUGCAUUGGCAUUCAAAAAAGUGAGGGUCAAGAUAUAACUGUAUUGGGAGACCUCGUCCUAAAAGACAAGAUCAUUGUCUAUGACUUGGCUAAUCAACGUAUUGGUUGGGUUCAAUACGACUGUUCAAUGUCAGUCAGCGUUUCUUCAAAUACUAGCACCGGAACUGCAUCUGUUAAUGGAGGGUCCAUAGAUGUCAAUGUUAGCAGCAGUGGCUCACUGAGGAUUGACCCUUUCAAUUUGAUACCGAUAAGCAUGAUGUUCGCCUUCCUUGUUCACAUAUAUAUCAAUCAUUGACAUUUUUCUAUUCUUGUAGCACAUACAGUCAUUAUUCGACAUGCAGGAUUAGGAUUGAGUUACGGCACAUGUAUCAUAAUAAGCCUCGAUUACUAUUUCUUCUUCAAUACUUAGUUGUAUACCAUCACGCGAGAUCUAACAUCAGAAGUUCUACAGGCUGUCUGUAGGUGCAUAUAUAUGCCCACUUUGUGUAGCAGAAUUGGUUGCUUGAUCUGCUUUUUAGGUUAGGAUCGUUAAUUAUCUUUCAUCAGGUACAUAGAAUUACGAAUUUCAUUGGAUUGGCACCAUUGUAAAUGAGACAUUCAGAAAGUUAUUUGUUUCAUAUACUGCACAGAUUUUUAAGAUUUAUGAAAAAGCAUAUGGUACAUGCAUCACAGUAUUACAC